CUCCCCACAAGUCAACCCAGCCCAACCUUCCUAUCUCUCUUCUUCCUUCACUCACCAUGCGGUAUUGGUUUGCCACCCCGGAUUUCACCUUUCACAAAAAUGGCGCGCUCCAGCUCGGGACAGUGCUGGAGCAUCCCUUUGGGCCCUUGAGGAUUCUAGCCUGCCAGGGCUAUGGACUGCCUGAAGAUCUCGACCUGCCUCCCCGGACAAAACUCAUCGAGCGGAGUCACCAGCACACGCGAUCGGGCACGGCACUCUCGGGUGGAAUGAAGGCGUGGAUGGCGCUCCUCGAUAAGGUGUCCGCUGCGUGUCAAGUGUCUGGAAGUCGAGAUAUCACCCGCGAGUACGGACCAACAAAUCACGAGGUCUGGACCUUCGAUCGGCCUCUCAGUGACCAGUGUCUGGAGGCGAUCCUGGAGGUGCCGGCAGUCCGGAGCUACAUGGCAACUGGAUGGCUUCACCAUCUCCCAGUUUAUGUGGUUACGGGCAUACGCAUCUCCAGCAACUCGUUCCUCGUCACCGAGGAAGACGGCAGCAGGGUCAUGGUCCGUUCUUCCGCCUCUGCGGGCGAUCCGACAGGUACCGUCCCGAUCACCGCGGGGCUCGAGGCCGACGUGCGAUCCGCAAGCACCGCCACCGACACGUAUGAGACUGCCCCCGACAUUGUUUUUGCCUACCGGGUGGAUAUCAUCCGCAACAAACGCGACGGCAUGGUGAGCCAAAAGAUGUUUGCUCACAAGGCGACCUUUAUGACGGGGACAUCCAGCGAGUCGGAGCUUGAGUACCUGGAGGUCGACCCCCAGAUCCUCGCGCAGGACAUCAGCCGGCGAUUGGAGAACGUCCAAGUCCACCCGAUUGGGGAUGAUGAGGCUUGGGUCUCCAGUGGUCUCUGUCUUGGCGAUCAUUGAAUUGGGCUGCUUCAAUUACCAGAAACUUUCACAAGUCUGUGGUCCGACGCGAGCAAUGCGAACGUGUGG